GCCCUUCUCUGUACCACAUGAAAAAUGGCCCAUCUUGAUAUCCAUGCCCAUGAUAUCAACGAGUAAACGGUCAUAUUCCGUCAUUCAUAAGAUAAGUCUUCCGUGCGCUUGAACUCUGUUUGUGACGUAGCCUCGACAAUCGCAGAACUAAAACUCAUUCAGGAGAAAUGGCGAUGUUAACGGCAGAUAAUCGCGGCCCGGGCCUUAACGUCGGCAUGUGGAUUAUUCUAAUUCCAACCGUAAUGAUGGUGGCAGCGAAGAUGUACACAAAGUGGUAUUCGAUGAAAAAAAUCUCGCCAGACGAUAUCUUGAUAAGUAUUGCCCUUGUGAGUUACAAUCAUUUGUAAUGCGAGAUGUCUGGACCAAUUUGAGUGGCAGACUUUAGUGGCUAAAGCUGAUGCGAGUAAAGCUUACCGCCAUUGCACAGUCAGUCGCUGUCACCGAGGAAGUCAGGUUUGGGUUGGGAAGACGAGCAGGCACUCUUUCGGACGUGGAUAUGAAUAAAUUUUUGGUGGUAAGUCAAAAUCUAUCUAUUCAAAGGUCUGUGAUGGCUUAUAGAACAAUACUUCACCCCGAUUCUAGGAUUUCAAAGCGUUGAUUCUAGUACUAAUUUUUCUACCAGGCUCAAUACAUCUCAAAUAUAUUCUACGUGAUCAGUAUAUAUACUUCAAAAAUAUCUACAGCUUAUUUCUUCGUUUCUUUCUGUAGAAGUGAUGCUGCAAAACGAGUUGUGAGUUGUUUCAUAUGGCUUAUGGCCAUUUGGACGUUGACCAGUGUGGUUUCACUUCUCGCUCAAUGUCAUCUGCCACGGCCAUGGAACAGCUUCGAUGAAACAUGCAUUAAUCUGGUAUUUGUUUCAUUCAUUUUUAACUCCUAUUUGCAUCCUAAUAACCUUAUAGAAAGUUAAGUAACAGAGCGAUGCUAACUAAAUCCUUGUUCAAGAAAGUGUUUUGGAUCUUCGGUGCCACUGUCGACGUUCUCACGCAGGUCAUCAUAUCAUUCCUCCCAAUAUUUCUGCUAAGUGGACUUCAUAUGUCUAACAAGUCUAGCAAGUGGCUUGUCAUGGCUUUAUUCGUUCCAAACUUAUUGUGAGUGCUACCAUCAAAAUCAUCACUCGCUGAACAAUGAUAAGAAUCUCAGAGCUGAAUUCCACCUAUUAGAGUCAUCCCAAUAUCUAUAUUCCGCCUGAUAUUUCUUCUUCACGCCAUAAACAGCAGCGAUUAUACCUGGUCCGCAUUUAUCUUCGGUAUCCUAACCAGUUUCCAACCAUUUAUCUCGAUCAUGAUAGCAUGCAUACCAUUCGUUAAACCCAUCCUCGACAGUCUCAUUCUACAGCCCUACUUAAUCGCGGUAGAAGAGCCACAAUCUGUAAUCCCUGGUAAUUCUAAAGGCACAUCCUGGGUGCAACGCAUACAAGAGAGCCGGGCGGCUAGAUCCCAAAGGCCUCCAGGAGGUUCUUCUAAGUCGCUAGGAGGACGCAAGAAUAGCGACAUGAAUUGGCCGUAUACACAAACGCAGGAUGGAGAUGAGGAAAAUGGGAUGAGUGGAGAGGAAUUUGAAAUGAGGAGUGAGCAGAGGUAAUUGAAGCGGGGUAAAAAUGAUGAGAAGAAGGUGGCUACUGGAAGAGAGAGAUAUUUUGACUAAGCCAGUUUGGCAGGUAUGAUGGUUAUAUAAGACUAGGAGGACAGCUGUUAAAACUUGGGACGAAGUGGUGUAUUGCAAUUGUGCGCUUGAACUCGGAAGUUAUCCAAAUUUAUAUCA